GCGGGGUGUUAAACUGAAAUUGCACUUCAGGGUACUCGCCAUCGGUACAGCAGGCUGGGGACCAUGAUUGGUAUAUUCCGAGUUCGACAGCUAGCAAUCAUAGCCAUAGUGACAGUCUCAUUCAUAUUCAUCUACAGCGCUUACAAUGUUCAUGACAAUAGUGGUAAACCGCUUGUCGAAGGAAAUACUAGAACUUUCAAAAUCCCUAGCAUGCCUCGUCCUGCAACUAUUCCUAGCUUCAAAGAGCCAGAUCUUCCCUUCAAAGUAGUCGUGACAGGGCAGGACGCCGAUAGAGAUGUAAGAAAGAAUGGGGAAAAGAAAUCUGGCGCAGCUGCUUCUAAUUUGGAAGGACAAACAUGUCGGAUACCGAAGCUGGAUAUCAAUGGAUCGGAAGUCAAAGGCUUCUUUUUCAAGGCAACCCCUCUUGAAUGCUCAAAAAAUCCUCAAAAUUGGCUUUUUAUCGAUGGUGCCAACAAUGUGCAGUAUAUAGAAAGCAGGAAGAAUGCAAAAUGUCAAGGAUCAUACGUUACGAGGAAGAGUGAUCAGACGAAUAUCUAUACUCCGUUUGACUCGCUGCCGGCCGGUAAUCCUAUGAAAUCUGAUUUUGCCGUCGUUAGGUGCAAAGAUGGACAGCAAAAAUGGAACGGUAUACUGAUGAGUGUUGUGCGUCGGAAUGAUCAAGAGUUACUCAACCGUGGCUCGUUGAAAAGUCCAGAUGGCUCUGGAUUGAAUGUAUACUUUUUGGGAUUCGAUUCGCUCAGUCAGAUGUCUUUCCGGCGGAAAUUGCCAAAAUCUGUCAAAGUUUUGGAGAAAGUGUUUGACGCAGUGGUUUUGAACGGGUACAACAUUGUUGGUGAUGGCACACCUCAAGCAUUUAUUCCGAUUCUCACUGCAUCGACUGAAGAGGAACUUCCUUUGACCAGAAAGCGAUUCCAGAAUGCAAAUUAUGUGGACGACGUUUAUCCUUUCAUUUGGUCGAACUUCUCCUCUGCUGGAUAUGUGACACUAUAUGGGGAAGAUGCAUUUGCUAUAGGAACUUUCACAUAUCGGUUGAAAGGUUUCCGUAACCAGCCCACUGAUCAUUAUCUCCGGACAAUUUUCAAAGAUUACGAGAAGAAAGGAGGAAACUGCCUUGGUUCGGAGCCUCUUCACAAGACAUGGUUUCGAUAUUCGCGAGAAUUCAUGCAAGUUUACAAGGAUAUGCCACGUUUUCUUCUAAUGCAUCAAAGUCUACUUUCACAUGAUGAUAUAAACUUGGUGGAAGUGGAGGAUGAAGAUCUUGCAACCACAUUGUUGGAAAUGCACAAGAGUGGUGAACUGGAUGAUGCUGUAGUGAUUGCAAUGGCUGAUCAUGGCCAUCGUUUUGCGAAAUUACGCGAAACACAUCAGGGACAACUCGAAGAGCGUUUGCCAUUCUUUGCCAUUUCUUUGCCAGCUAAAUUCCGCCAAACUGAAAUUGGAAAGAAAAUGUAUGAGAAUCUUCUGGCGAACAAGGACAGGUUGACAACGCCUUUUGACAUCCAUGCCACACUUAUGGACAUCCUCCAUCUUCCAAAAGAUUUCGCUAUGCAAGACACUAGCAAACGGUCAUUGUCCCUUUUCCGCCCAAUUCCGGAGGAUCGCACAUGCUCACAGGCUGGCGUAGAUGCACACUGGUGCACAUGCCUCAAUUGGCAAGACGCUAUGAACACCCCUGAAGAUAAGGAAAUAUCGCAAAAGUUGGCGCUUGCUAUCGUAAGUGUCAUCAACAGACAGUUGAAGGAUGUACUCCAUCUAUGCGCCAAGCUUUCCCUCAAAGAACUCCUUGAAGCGAAAAAACUUGUACCGAAUGAAGGACUGUUGAAGUACAAAAAUGUGAAGGACAAAGAUGGUUUUGUUCCGGAUCUCAGCGGAAACACGAAGACCGCGUUUGCUCAUUAUCAAAUCAAGCUCAGAACGAAACCUGGAAAUGCUAUCUAUGAGGUGACACUAUUCUAUGACUUUGUCGCAAAAGAAGUGCAUGUCGAUCUGAGUUCGAUAAGUCAUCCGAACAAGUUUGGUGACGCUCCACAUUGUAUCAUCAGUCAGAACUACUUCUUGGCUACGUAUUGCGUAUGUCACGACAAGGUUGCAUCUUUUGAUAGCUAACCUCCCGGAUGAGCUCGCUCUUGCCUGAGGAGUCAUACAAAUUCACGGGUGAAAACGUUUCGUUGAUUUAGUUUUAUUGUGAUUUUUAAUAUGGGGGAAUGAUAUGUACCACUUUUGUUCGGUUAUUUAGUUUGAUAGCGGUGGUUAUAGUGCCUAGUUUUUCAAAUCCGAAAUAGUCAUAAUUCUUGUUGGUAUUUUCUUUGCUAUGUGUUUUGAGUUUCUCUCAAUCCAAUCCUUCAACACGCGCAUAAAAGCUCCAUCGAAGCGGUUGCGCGUGUGUGUAAGAUUUUGCAUUAUCUUCUUUCUUUGUGAUGGAGACCUAUCCUCCAAGUGCGUUCCAUUAGUUUUCGGUUGGUUACUUGAUACUUACUCUCCUGCAGUUGCUAGAUUUUAUAUUUGAAUCGGAAGCGAAUCUGCUUGUUCCCGACUGUUUGAAUCAUAGCUACAACCUUCGGUCACUUAUUGUACUUAGAAGCUUUAUUGCCAGUUUCUUGCUUUUGUCGCCCAGAUAUUGCCAUACUUCGUUAGAAACCUCUCCUCAAUUUUACUUAUCAAUUAUCUUCUUAAGUUACUCUACUUAUGCUGUCUUCGCUACUAGUAUGAGAUUUCGUUCAUUUGCAUAAUAGACAUGAUGGGUCAUUGAAGGUGCAUGAUUGUAUGCUUUUAUCGCAUAAGUAUUUAUUUGUUGUCUGA